CACGUUUCACAUAUAAUCACUCGAUUACAGCUUUCGUCGUACGUCCACUUCGUUUUUUCUCCCAUUUUCUUCCUCUUUCGCGCAUAAAAUCCCAACUCCGCCAAUCGCGAACUUCCUAUGGAUGUUGAUCGAUUUCCCUCCACUAUCGCCGCCGACUCUGUUCGCCGGAAUCCCCUUCGCCGUUCUGUUUCCCGGCGAUUCCUCCGGAUUCCGCCUCUGUAAGCCGCCUCACUCUUCGACCAUUUUCGUGGAGUCCGUUUGUGUCUGAGAAACUGAUUCUUUAAAAGCAAGAAUCAAAGUUUUGGAUCAGUGGGGUUGUGAGAAUUUGAGUUGCAAGGCUAAUGGGGCAUUUCUCCACCAUGUUCAAUGGUUUAGCAAGGUCAUUUUCUUUCAAAAAAGGUAGAAAUUCCGGGAGUUUAGGCAACGAGGGAGGUCGAGAAGCUGCAAAAGCCAUGGUAAAGGAAGCGAAAAAGAAAGACUCGAUAUUAUGCACCUCUGGCUUCCUCAAUGCAGAUGGCUCGGAGAGUUUUGCUUCGGUGUUCUCGAAACGAGGCAACAAAGGAGUAAACCAAGAUUGCUGCAUCGUAUGGCAGGAAUUUGGAUGCCAAGACGACAUGUUAUUUUGUGGAGUUUUCGAUGGGCACGGACCGUGGGGUCAUUUUGUCGCGAAAACGGUAAGAGAAUCGAUGCCACCAUCGUUGCUGCACCAUUGGCAACAAGGACUUGCUCAAGCUUUUCUUGAACCAGAAUUGGAUUCAGAAAAGAAGCAUCAACGAUUCGAGUUAUGGAAGCAUUCGUUUUUAAGAACUUGUGCUGCUAUUGAUCACGAGCUCGAGCAGCAUCGAAAAAUCGAUACGGUUUACAGUGGAACAACUGCCCUGUCCAUAGUUAAACAGGGUGAACUAGUCGUUUUAGCCAACGUUGGCGACUCUCGAGCAGUUUUGGCUACUACUUCAGAUGAUGGAAGUGUAGUACCGGUUCAGCUCACCGUCGAUUUCAAACCGAACCUACCUCAGGAGGCCGAGCGGAUUCGACAGUGCAACGGGCGGGUGUUUUGUUUAAGUGAUGAGCCUGGAGUUCAUCGAGUCUGGCUUCCCGACGAGGAAUCGCCUGGAUUGGCGAUGUCGAGAGCGUUCGGUGAUUAUUGUAUUAAAGAAUUUGGGCUCAUUUCAGUGCCAGAAGUGACAUGUAGAAGCAUAACUAGAAGAGACCAAUUCAUUAUAUUGGCAACUGAUGGGGUAUGGGAUGUUGUUUCUAACCAAGAAGCAGUCGAGAUUGUAUCGUCGACAUUGGAUCGAGCAAAAUCAUCGAAACGUUUGGUCGAGUGUGCGGUUCGGGCAUGGAAACGGAAGAGACGGGGCAUUGCAAUGGAUGAUAUAUCAGCUAUCUGCCUCUUCUUCCACUCCUCAUCAGAUCAAGAUCACCUUGUAUCCUAGGAGGAAAUGGCAAGUAAGCAAAAACAUUUUAUUGCUCUCCUCCUUAUUCUAGUUGUAAUAUCUUAAACUUCAACAUUUCAAUAGCAUUUCUUUAGUUUUUUU